AUGGCUGCUGUAGGGUUGGCAGAAAGCGGAUUGGAAACUGCCUGCAUCACGAAACUGUUUCCAACGAGAUCCCACACGGUCGCUGCGCAGGGCGGCAUUAACGCCGCCCUGGGGAAUAUGACGGAAGACGACUGGAGAUGGCAUAUGUAUGAUACCGUCAAGGGUUCGGAUUGGUUAGGUGACCAAGAUGCAAUCCAUUAUAUGUGCAGAGAAGCCCCUCGGACAAUCCUAGAGCUAGAAGCCUAUGGCAUGCCUUUCUCUCGCACCGCAGAAGGUAAAAUAUACCAGCGACCUAUUGGAGGCCAAUCCUUGAACUAUGGCACCGGCGGCCAAGCAUAUAGAACGGCAUGCGCUGCGGACCGCACAGGGCAUGCCAUGCUGCACACGCUUUAUGGGCAGUCACUGAAGCACAAUUGCAGUUUCUUGAUCGAAUUCUUUGUCCUCGACCUGAUGAUGGCAGAUGGUAUUUGCGUUGGAGCAGUCGCGUUGGACAUGGAGACCGGAACACUCCAUCGGCUAUUUAGCAAGAAUACCAUUCUAGGCAGUCGGGUUGAUAUUGUUCUAGCCACUGGUGGCUAUGGCCGUGCGUAUUUCUCUUGCACAUCGGCACACACUAGUACGGGAGAUGGUUGCGCUAUGGUAGCCAGGGCUGGACUCCCUCUUCAAGAUAUGGAGUUCGUUCAAUUUCAUCCCAGUGGUAUAUAUGGGGCGGGCGUCUUGAUAACCGAAGGCGCCCGUGGAGAGGGGGGCUAUUUAUUGAACUCAGAAGGAGAAAGGUUUAUGGAAAGAUAUGCCCCAACUGCCAAGGAUCUUGCAAGUCGCGACGUUGUCGCUCGUUCUAUGAAUAUGGAAAUUCGCGAAGGCCGUGGCGUUGGGCCGGGGAGGGACCACAUUUACCUCCAGUUAUCGCAUCUGCCACGCGACUUGAUUCUUGAGCGGCUGCCGGGCAUUGCGGAAACAGCCUCGAUUUUUGCAGGAAUAGAUAUCACAAAGCAGCCGAUCCCGGUGCUGCCCACGGUUCAUUAUUGUAUGGGUGGUAUUCCCACCAACUAUCAAGGCCAGGUCCUUGACGUCGACACAAUUACUGGCAAAGAGAAGACUGUCCCAGGGCUUUAUGCUGUUGGAGAAACAGCAUGCGUGAGUGUACAUGGAGCUAACAGACUUGGUGCGAACUCGCUCCUUGACAUUGCUGUUUUUGGACGAGCCAGCGCCCAACAUAUCGCAGAAAAUAACGAAAAAGGAAUGACUCAUGCACCCUCACCAAAAGAUAUUGGAAUGACAUCUUUCGAAGAUAUGGAGAGGAUUCGCAAAUCCGAUGGAACCAAAUUAACAGCUGAAUUGCGUCUGGAGAUGCAGAAAGCUAUGCAGUCGGACGUGGCAGUUUUCCGCACCGGAGAAUCCCUGUCUUCUGGCGUGUCUCGGGUUCAACAAGUAGAGCAGGCUUUCAAGAAAGAUGUAUGUGUCAAGGACAAAUCUUUAAUCUGGAACUCGGACUUGGUUGAAACCUUGGAGAUGCGUAAUCUCCUCACUUGCGCAGCACAAACGGCAAAGAGCGCUCUUGAAAGAAAAGAAAGCCGGGGAAGCCAUGCUCGGGAAGAUUUCUCCGAUAGAGAUGAUGAUCAGUUUCUAAAACAUAGCCUGUCAUGGCAAGGGGAGGAGGCGGAAGAUGUGCGGGUUGGAUAUCGGGCGGUCACGUUUAGGACCCUGGACGAGAUUGAAUGUCCGUCGUUAGCCAAGGGAAAUAAACCCAGGGAAAACCCUCGGGUUCCGGAUUCAGGGCCAGCGCCCCCUGCAGUUGAGGGUGAAGAGAAUGGUACCAAAGAGGGUCAGCAACAGCGGUCGCGUUCUCGUGCUGCAGGAGGUUAUGAUCCGGCUAUUCAUGGCGACUACGAUCCGAACGCCUGGUACGCGCAGCCGCAAGCAAACGACGCCUCGGACCCAGCCUCCUCUGCAAACCCAAACGUCCUCUAUACCGCUACAGGCGCAUUCAAUCGCUUUACGGGAAAAUGGCAACCUAUCGGUUUAACGCCAGAGAAUUUCAAUGACGAGAACAAAAGCCGCCGCCAGCUUAAUGCAUACUUCGAUGUUGACGCUGCGGCUAACAGCCAUGAAGGGAAAAGUCUCAAGGCGGAGCGGGCUGGGAAGAAAUUAACAAAAAGGGAGCUAAAGGCGUUCAAAGAAAAGCGGAGAGAGAAAAAGGAGGAAAAAAGGCGAGCGUGGCUCAGGGAUUGA